AAAACGUCUCACGGUUGCUAAGCAACACAGAGCAGAAGUGUUUGGUUUGCAUGCUGACGGAGCUAACCAAUCUUUUGAAAUAAUAAUAUUGACGCUGUUUACAGGAUGACGAGUCAGAGACCCGUAAGCCGCGGGUCGUUUGGACCGAUUUCUGGAAGACCACCAACAGGAGUCCGACCCCCAGAGACCGCCGUCAGAGUGGGCACAGCGAUGGUACCGGGCACCGGGAGACCAGGAACCAGAAGUGGACCCCUGGCUGCUGGUGUUCUUUCUUCCCAGAUUAAAGUAGCUGAUCGUCCUGUUACGCAGCAGGGUCUCAGCGGUAUGAAAACAGGAAUGAAAGGACCUCAGAGACAAAUCUUGGAUAAAUCAUAUUACCUUGGGUUACUACGGAGUAAAGUAAAUGAGUUGUCAACCGAAUCCAGCAAAUUACAGAAAGACAUUGACACCUUCAAUCAGGAGAAUUCGGUCUAUCUUUCUUAUGAAAAAAGAGCAGAAGGACUAGCCGGAGAAAUUAAAGAUCUUCAGGGACAACUGGCAGAUUACAACAUGCUGGUUGACAAGCUGAACACAAACACUGAAAUGGAUGAAGUGCUCAAUGACAUCAUCGUGCUGAAAGCUCAGAAUGACCGAGAGGCUGAAGGUAUGGACGUCAUUUUCACUGAGAGAAGACAAAAAGAGGAUUUGAUCCGAGCUGUGGAGGAACACAUCGUCCAGGAAAAGCAAGCAGCAGAAGACAUUAUUCAAAAGAUGUCUGCUGAUAAACAAGCAAAGUAUUCUGAGAUGAAAGGCACCAAUGAAGAGCUAAUGCAGGAGCUGGAUGCUCUUCAAGAGGAACUAGAUGCUCUCAUUAGCAGGAAGGAGACUUUUGAGACGGAGCUACUUCACUCGCAGGUCAAACAGGAAGCGGUCAUGCUGCAUGAGAAGCUGUUCGAGCUGGAGAGCCGUAAAGAAGCCAUGCUGGCUGAAGACAGGACCAUGGGCUCUCCUCAGGAGGAGAGGGAGCGACUCUUUAAACAGGUAAAAGAAAACAACCAGGAAAUCGCCAGCAUGGAACGACAAUUAACAGAUGUGCGGGACAAAAUCAGCAGUCUCACUGAAGAGUUGCGACAACUCGAUGCUAACAUGGAGGAACAUCAAGGUGAACGAACACAAAAGUACAGAGAGCUUCAGAAGAGAGAGGAAGAAAUAGACUCGUAUCUCAACACAUUUGAAGAGAACACGUCUCUGGAGCUGCAGCACAUCAGAGACGCUCAGAGCAGAAUCGUGGCUUUACUGGAGCACUCUAGCAGGAACAUCAAUCGCAUGCAGCAGCUGUCUGCAGUCACCGCACAAGAGCUGAAGUCCAUGCAGGAGGACCUGAGCUUUAAAGAGACAGAGAUGCAGAAGUCUCAGAGCACAGCUAAAGGCCUUUCCUCAGAGAGUGAGCGUUUACAGCUGGACCUGCUGAAAGUCGAGCAGCUGGAAGGAAAAGUCACGACGGAGCUUCAGACUCAUACAGAUCAACUUACAUUAAUGACCCAUGAGCUGAACACGUACAGAGAUCUCGAUGCACUCAAAGCUGCUGGGGAGGACAGAAAGAAGAGGCUGCAGGGCGACCGAGCUGUGCUCACUCAGAUGAAGAACACAUUUAAGAAGACAAUACACAAAAAGAAUGAAGAGUUUGAGUCUCUUAAGAGUCACUUACAAGAGCAUGAGACCCAUGUCGAGCUGACUAACAUGGAGAGAAAGUGGCAACAUUACGAACAGAACAACUACGUGAUGAAAGAAUUCAUCGCCUCAAAGGGCAUAGAGACCGAUUACCGACCAGUGGUGAAGAACGUCAACAAACAGCUGACAGACUACAAUAAGAUACUGACAGAUAGCCUGCAGGGCACUAGAAACUGAUUCUCAUACUCGCCAAUGCUUCUGACAUUUUAACUGCGAUAAAUGUAGCAUAUUUUGAUUCGCAUUAAUUCCUAACAAGUGUUCAUCUGAACCCUUUUAUGGUCUCCGUGCUGGCUCUGAGCCGGUUCUGGGUGUGGGCUCUUAGAGAGGAAAUUCACUGAUGAAUGACCUCUCACAGCUUAAAGAACCUCUUUCAUUAUGUCCUCUGGCAUCUUCAGUUGAGCUGUUAAACACUAAUGCACAGAAGUUUCAUUAAAACUUACUAGAA